ACUGCCACAUUGGAACUGUCAAACAACGAUACCGGUUGUUUUUAUUUGUUUUUAGAAUUGUUGUAGCGUUUUAUAAAAAUACAGAAUAAUCGUACCUAUCGUAUCUUUCGCCGAUAACAACAGCUGUUUAAUAAAUGUCCGUCAUACAUUUGGGCUAAUCGAUAUGUUCAUUAAACUGGAAUUAGAUUUCAGCAACAAAGGAAAUGUUAGCGGGUCCUCUUCGAACUUGGAUACUUCUAUUACUAAUGGGGAAUAUUAUCAAACUUCGUCGGGAAGCAAUGACUUUGAAGGAGUAGAUAAUCUCCCAUCUAGUGGGAGAACCCGAAUGAGUAAGAAAGACGCCGAACAAACCGGACAUGUGAACCAAAGGUAUGCCUGUGGUGAUUGCGGAUUGGUUAUCUACGAUACGAUGCAAGAAAUUUUGCAGCACAUGGUUGAGAAGCAUGGAAAUGUUAGUCAAAAAAGACUUACAUACAGUCGCAUGUCGAACGACGUAGAAGUCGGUGCCAAACUUGACUCCAGUGUCCAUCCAUCAACAUCCUCCAGCACUUGGCAUUCGUCAUUUGAACAAUCUUCUUAUCGCAGCUCAUCGUCAUGCGAAGAUGAGCCAUACAAUCGCAUGUCGAACGACGAAGAAGUCGGCGCCAAACUUGACUCCAGUGUCAAACCAUCAACAUCCUCCAGCACGUGGCAUUCGACAUUUGAGCAAUCUUCUUACCGCAGCUCAUCAUCAUGCGAAGAUGAGCCACAGAAAAACAACCAACCAAACCUGAAAGGUGCCCGACGAACACGGGCUAAAAAAUUACAACCGGAGCAAAGCGCUCCUAGCGAUGAAGAAAGCGAACAGGAAGAAGACUUUUUGCAAACCGUCACACUAAAAUCUUUGACGGAAAAGUUCCAGUACGAAAAACCACACAAAUGCUCCCGUAAAGGUUGCCCGUACAAGUUCGCUUCAUUCGAUAUUCGUGAUCAACAUUUGCGCUGUCAUGCCGAAAGCGACUCCAUACCGGAAACAUCCGAUGGCAGCACUAAAGCUGGCAUCCCAAGGAAACGUUUCAGCUUUAAAUGUAGUCAAUGUGACGGCAAGUUCGAUUCCUGGAAACCAUGCCUAAUGCACUUGUGGAAGGAACAUCAGAUUGAUCUUGGUAUGCUACGCUGUCCGGUGUGUGAGAAGCGAUUUGUAUACACCGUACACGUGUUUAAGCACCUGCUAACGCAUCGCCUGAACCAAAAGUCGGAUGUUCCCUGUCGGGUGUGUGGCAAGAAGUUUGUUAACACUUCGCAACGCUCGGUACAUGAGGCGUUGCAUCAGAAGAAGGAUAUGCACGAGGACGAAGACGAACUGGAGGUGAAGGAAAAACCACGCUGGUACGCGGAACGGCGAUGCAAUAUCUGCAAGCACAUGUUUUCCAACUCGAAGAUACUUUCCAAACACAUCAAAACGGUACACUUGAAAAUAAAACCCUUCGUGUGCAACGUGUGUGGUUACAAAUGUGCUCGAAAGGCAACACUGAACAUUCACAUCCGACAACAUUCAGGUUUAAAGCCACUAACCUGCAAAAACUGCACUUUCCGGACGGCCGAUCCAAGCGCUCUCAGCUACCACGAACGGCGCCAUCGUAAUGAAAAGGCAUACCAGUGCAAAACGUGUGGCAUCAAGCUUGUGCAACCGAGCACGCUACGCAGCCACAUACAAACCCAACACCCACAGGAGUACCAGCAGAUGAAAUGCACACUGUGCGACUAUGCGUCGAUUAAUGCACAGAAUCUAAAACGGCACCAAGCGAACCAUAAGGCGGGUUUGAUAAAAACGAACGAUGAAGAUUCACAGAUGGAAGGUGACAUUAAGCGGGAAUAUAAUCAUCGGGCCCAGCACGGUAUGGGCGCAACGGAUAAUGGACGUCAGCCACAGCAUGUACCGGAAAUUUCGUUCGAUUGCUUUCUGCCGCUCGAAAGCGUCGAUUCCAUGGUGCACGACACCGGUGGCAUAACGAUUCCGGCUGCUGUCGUAACCCUGCCGGCUGCACUGUCCGAAGAGACACAGUUCCCGAUCUAAGCUCUUGCGAUACGAUUAUUUUAACAUACAAUAGAUAAAAUUAUUUUGCUCUUUCGCAUUUAAAUGUAUCGAAACAAAAGGUAGCGCAUUUUCUCGCUGACGUGCUAGUAACAAUAGUAAAUGAAAGAAAGUCUUAAUAACCGAGAUUCCCACGUACAGGAAUGACUAUGCACGUAGGGAUUACUUCAUUGUCUAAGAAUAAAAUAAGCAAGAAAAGGACAAACAUAA